AUCCACCAAAAGAUCGUUUUUUAUGAGAGGUCCUUUUAUUGCACACCUAAAAGGACCGUUAACAUAGAUAUCGUAACAUAAAUACACAAGAUGGGUAGAGCAAUCAGUGUUUUCCUUCUGAUUUGGAGUACAGCAUUUUUCCUGCCAGCAUUACUGGAUAUGCCUGACUGUUAUUUGAAAAUCACUCAUGAAAACAUGCCUUACUGUCAUUUAAGCAACUGGUUAAAUUGGGAUUCCGCCCGAUGUGGAGACAAUUACGAAGGAAAUCACGAGACGACGUUCCGUAUACGUCGCCUUUGCUGCUCAACGGCUCAAACUACUAUAGCAGGAUGUCUCGCAGAAUGCUACAAGACAGUCGGAUCUAACAGAGAGGAAGGAAAAUGUGUAGACGUGCUCCCAGUGUUGACCUCAACAACCACAACGGAAUCUACCACGAAACUCGCCCCUUUUUCUACUUCUACUACAAAUUCUAUGUCGUCUGAUAACCAUAGUGCGUCUAGUGUUUCUAUCGAUGAGACCACUAUUAACUACACGAACUACUCUGUUGCAAACUCUAUUUCAAACAACAACACGAUUCAAUCACCUGAUAUGACGCCAACUACAUUCGUUUUUGAGAGAAGCACCAUUCAACCCUCCGCAAGUGAAUAUUUUCACACGAGCAUUGCAACUUCAAUAUAUGUACAUGAAACGACUGUAUCUUCCUUAGCAAAUAAGAUUCAAUUAAACGCAGAAAAUGGUGAGACAUGUAAGAUCGGAUCAAUCACACUGAAAAGGGGACCUUAUGCCAUUCUUACGUUUUGUACACUGACCGUCUCGUCAAUUGCUGUAUUCGGGGUUACGAUAGUGGUCGUCUUCACUUGCAUCGUCAUUAAACUAAAACGACGGAAUCUUGUUCAUGACAUUUCCAUUGUGGAACAGAGCAGAGAAGAGUAACAUAACCGUCAAAUGAGAGCCUUACGUUCUUUUAUUUUAUUUC